AGAUGGAGCGACAUAACAGAAAUUGGACAUCUUCCCGAUUAUAUGAAGCCAUUUUAUUCUGCACUCCACAACCAUGUAAAUGAAGUGGCAUAUGAUGCCGGCAAAAAACAGGGCAUUCUUGUCUCCCGUUAUAUAAGAAAAGCGUGGGUGGAUCUUUGCAAAUCACACUUACAAGAGGCAAAAUGGUUCCAUAGUGGGUACACGCCAUCAUACGAAGAAUACAUUGAAAAUGCAUGCCUUUCAACAGCAGUUCCUCUGGAAAUAGUUCAUCUUUUCAUUUGGGCCAACAACCCUUUGAAUGAAGAAGCCUUACGCUGCCUCUCACAGCAUCAUCAUGACAUUGUUCGUUUCACAUCUUUGAUUCUCCGCUUAACAAAUGACAAAGCAACAUCUCUUAACGAAAUGAAAAGAGGCGAUACACCAAAAGCUGUGGAGUGUUACAUGAAUAGUGCUAAAGUCUCUAUCAGCGACGCUCAAGAUAACAUAAACUCUCAAAUAAAUGAGGCAUGGAAGAAAAUGAAUAAGAUUGGAUUUGAAGAUAACCCGGCCUUCUCAAAAAUAUUCAUUGAAUUCUCAACAAAUGUUGCAAAAGUGGCUCAGUACAUAUAUCAACAUGGAGAUGAACAUGGGGUGAAGUCUAUAUUUUUCGAACCUAUUCCUUUAGAUUACGCUAGUUUUUCAAAUAAAAUUAUACUUGGAUGACAUUAUGAAUGCGGCACUAUUUUACGACACAAAUAAAUUUGAUUGAAUAUUGAAAUUUCUAAUUCGGGGUUAUAAUUACUAUUGUGAUACCCGUGUGAUGCAAACAGUUUUAUUUUUAUAUAUCGAUAUUUACUUUAAUAAAGGGGAAAUCAUGCUUUUAAUCUUUUGCUACAUAUAUUAUAAUGUAAUCCUUAUGUAUUCAAUGUAAUAAAUGUUAUCUCUAAUUGUAUGAAUGUUGGUGAUAAUGUGUUCCUUCCGUGAAAUUGAACUACAAAGUUAUUUUUUUGAAAUUUUGCACUUA